UUCUUAGUCACAGCCACACCAAGAAGAAGCUCCGACACAUCAAGAACAGGAGCCUUAUUUUUAAACCUCUACCUUAACGGCUUUCCGCCAUUCCUCCGCAAAACAUGAAAAUGACUUCGGUAGAGAGCUCCAAGGUGCUGAAGGAGGGCGACCUGGAGAAGAGGAGCGACAACCUGCUCCAGCUCUGGAAGAGAAAGACAUGCGUCCUGACCACGGAUAGCCUGAACCUUUACGCCGACACGCAGAAGAAAAGCAAAAGCAAAGAGCUAAAGCUGCAGUGCAUUAAGAAAGUGGACUGCGUGGAGCGCACCGGCAAGUUCGUCUACUUCACCAUCGUCACCACGGACGAUAAGGAGAUCGACUUUCGGUGCUCAGGCGAGGAUCAAGGCUGGAACGCAAUGAUCACCAUGGCACUGAUCGAUUUCCAGAACAGAAAAGCCAUCCAGGACUUUAAAACAAGACAGGACGCAGAAACCUCCACUUCGGGACAGCAGGAGGCUUUACGCAUGGUCCGGGCACCGUGAUAUACUCACUCAGCACACACACUUACACUCCGGAGAUGUAGAGCGAUAGAUGCAGAAGAAAGCUUGGACCAAAGCUGAGAUGUUUGCACCAUGUCUGAGAAGAAACAACAACAGAUAAGAGGUGUAAUAUCUGAGCUGGAGCGCUUCAGAAUCUCGGAAAUAAUUUCAACAGGCCAAACAGACACUCAAGACUGAAUGCUCGAACUUUCAAUGUUCUUCAAUAUGAGGAAUCCUAAUACUCCCUGGAUUUCACUUGUAAAUGUGCUUAUUUAUUUGCUACAAGGAAUGUAGUAUGGAUAAAAAAUGUUUGAUUGUCUUUAAGUUAUUUACAUGUCCUGUUUUAAUGUUAAUUUAAAUAAAUUUUCAUAAAAAUACA